AACAGCGGUGCAACCCGAUUUUCACUUGUAUUUAAUCGUCCUCGUCGUGCCGAAAAGGACACAGCACGUAUGUUGACCAUGUGAGAAGAUGCUUCUUGUCCUGCGAGCAAUGCAGAGAUGAGCCCGCGUCUGGUCUGGCAUUUACCAUGAAAUGAUCCUGUCCAGCAGAUUAUGUAAGAGAUGAUUCUGAUUCAGUACAAUGGUUGUGUUAAAUGAAGGCGUGAUUGGUCGUCAUGGAUCGUCAUGUUUUAUUCACGAUGACUGGUAUGUUGAGGUUUAAACUGUAUUUCAAGGCGAACUUUAUCAAAAUGGAAUCGCUUUUCCGCUGACUGAGAGGAAAGGAAAGUAUAGUCUAAAAUGAGGGUGUUCGUUUUAUACAACGACGAGCGGACUGUAUUAGAUAUCCCGCAAGGGAAAACAAUAUCCGAGGUCAAGAAAAUCGUCGAAGACAAUGUUUACCUGGAUUCGUCGUACUACACGGACGACUCACAGUCUCUGGUGCUUUCCUACGCAGGAGGCGUGUUGGAAGAUGACUGGAUCUUCACAGAUAUUGUCCUCAAUCCUGGCGCCACAAUCCGCGCUGUGAUCACGGAGACAAUUUUCCCAGCAUUGAAAGUAUGGUGCUCAUACAAUGGGAAAACAGUAGAAAUAUUCACCGAGGAAAAUUUAGUAACUUCCCCUGUUUCUGUGUCUAGGGCGUUAAUAGCUCGUCGAACCGGUAUUCCCGUCGGCGCGUUUUUUCUUGAAACAUUAAAAGGCAAAGAACUUUUUGACAAUUGCGAAUUAGGUGUUUACGGUCUGAAGCGCGGUGAGCAAGUGAACAUGAAAUCCUGGGACGGUUGGGACAAAUUUCUGAGGUACGCAACACUGGGGUACAACGCCGGUGUCAUAGAUGAACUAGCCUCGGACGAGGCUGUAGCAAGGUUUCAGAUGAAAUGCGCCAUGUAUAUUGCCGCCCACUUCGGCCACGACGAGCUGGCGGAGUACCUGUUGCAACAAGGGGUGAAGGCGCACGAGUGGAUAGGAGAUCACCCCUACAGAAAGUGGUGCAAAGAUGAAGAGCAUAUUGACUGUAGAAGAACGCCCGUUCAUGAGGCAGCAGAAUUCGGGCAACUUUCCGUACUUCGGAGGUUCGUUCUCGAUAACGUGUUCGCCGUGACGGCACGUGACGGUAACGGUACGUUACCCCUUAGUCUGUCCCUACGCAACAAGCAAAAGAAAUGCGCCGGGUAUCUCCUAGCAAAAUCGUGGAGUCGAAUUGAGUUUGAUACAAAAACAAUUCCCAUUUCCCUCUGCGCAAAGAUGAAAUUCUGGGCUGAACGAGCCAAGGAAAUGGUAUGGUGGAAAAUGGGCUUUGAAAAGUCGUCCCUGAAGAAGAAGCCGUUCAUAGACAUGGGGGUCCUAGUCGGUAUGCAGGGUGUCAACGUUGAUGGUUUCCCUAAGAGAGACACUCUCAUCAAAAAGGAAAUGCCCGGCUGGCUGAAGAGCGCAGUCCCCAAAGGCCCAGACCCUGAACCAUAUUUUCACAAAAUAACUAGCGAGAUGCUGAUACAGAGGAUGAACAGGACGAGCAGGCUGUCAAAAAACGAAUCCACAGAUAGUUUGCAGCCCAGGGCGUCACUCAGGUCCCCUCGUGCACGGAGCGGGGACAGCACAACCCGUGUCCGUCUUCCUGCCAUCCACGAAUCAUCAAAAUACAACACAACGCAUCAAAACAACUCCUCUAUGCCGCGAAAAGAAGUGGAGUUCUCAGACAAUCUAGCCAGAACUCAAAGUAAAGACAGUAAGGCAACUUUCAUACAGACUGGUUUUAAUAGAUCGAAAGACAAUGUGUUUGAUGACUCAAAAUCAGAACCAGCCCUAAGCCGCCCGUCUUCUAAAAAACGAAAAAAGAAAGCUGCAACCAUAGACGCGCCGAUCCCUUUGCCACAGAUAAGCAAAGAGAACAAAAUGAGACCGUAUUUCCACCCAAGAUCAAAAUCUGAGGAUCCUAUGACGACUUUGAAAUUGUACGAAAAAUAUCGAGGCAUGAAAGCCCGGGACUAUGCCAUCAAAUGUUUAGCCAUAUCAAAUACGUUCAAGGAAAAACCGUGGCUAAAACAGGUCCGCAUGGCCAUGACGUUCGCAGAAUAUGGCGUAAAACGCGCGGCCUUGGAUCCAAUAAAACAAAGGAAAAUGCACGGACGGUGAAAAACUUACUGUUACACUGAAUUUGAUGUUAGAGUGUAACAUUGAAUUAAUUAUCAUAUCAAAAUACCUUAGAUUUAUACUUUUAGUGCAUUUACAUCUAUCAUAUUUAGUAACGUGAUAGGAUCACUCUAUUCACAUUAAAUUGAUGUAAAAUGUUUUAUUUGUACCUUCAGAGAUUUGAGCAUAAAAGCCAUUGUCAUGACUCAAUAUUAUUUUCACACUGUGUUGUCACGCUGUGAUCACUUAUUGACUUUUUGUAGUCAUUAGAUUCAACCAAACGCCAACACUAGUGCUAUUAUCGUGGGAUUUUUACUGACGCAGGCAUAGGAAAAAAAUAUAUGAAU